CAACUACUCUCCAUAUAUCUUCGCCAAGACCCACCAGUGAUAGCUACCAAGUAUUCUACAUUCAUACUUUUUUUCUCGAGUUCUCACAGAUUACAUUAAACGACAACGUACUCUCUCCUUUAGGGUUCAAUGGCAAUGUCAACUCUCUUGCCUUCUUCUUCUUGGAACGUUGUUUACUAUAAUAAUAAUAAGCACUAUCUUAGGUCUCAUAAUCUCUCUUUACAUUCUAAUCUUACCUUCACGAUCUCGAAAUUAAGUUUGCCGGUUCUUGGCACCAGCAACGCCAAAUCUAAGAGGAAUUAUAUUGUCUGCAAUAACGGUGGUCAACCUGGAGUUCCAUCGCCGUCUGGCCCUCCUUCGAAUUCUUUGAAAGGUUGGAUUGUGGGGAUUAUUCUAAGCAUCCUUCUACCCUCAUUUCGUGGUAAAUUGGGGCCUUGGAUGCAACUAAAAAAUACGGUGGACAGUCUAGUUGAAACGGUGGAAGAUAUAGCAGACGGCAUAGAGAAGGUGGCGGAGGUGGUAGACAAAGCGGUGGAGGAGAUCGUGGAUGAUCUUCCCGAAGGGAAACUCAAAGAUGCUGCCAAGUUUGUGGAAAAUAUGGCUGAAAAAAUCGAUAAGAGUGCUGAAAAAUUGGGAGAUAUGAUUGAUAAGGCUCAAGAAAUAGAAGAUAAAGUUGAGGAAAAGUUGGAGUCCAUUGCGAAAUUAAAGAAGGAUGAAGCAACUAAAUCUAUGGAGGAUAAAGUUGUGGAAAGACUGGAGCCAAUUGCUGUAUUAGACAGGGAUGAAGCAUCUAAGCCUGUGGAAGCAGCAGCAUAAACUAACAUGCAAUGAAAUCGGUGUAUUAUUAUAUUCAUAAUUUGUAAUUGUUCCUGUUGAUCUGUAUUUAACCCCAGGCAAACAAGUAUUCUUUUCUGAUCUUCUAAAAAGAAUCAUUAAAUUCGCUAAUUCUUAUGUUU